CUUUGCUCAAGAACUACCGGUAUGGGGCUUCCUAAAGGAACUUGUCGACACUAUUUCCUUCUUAAAAGCCAGAUUCACCCUUGAAUAUUUGUUUACCGUUAAUCGCACGUCGCUAAAUGUAGCACUUAUAGAUAACCUUUUCCCUGAACCUCUGUACCGAAAGCCGUAUCUGUCUCUAUUUGGCCAAGAUGUUCUUUGCCGUGUCCGUAGAAUGUGCAUUGCGCCUGCAGCGAAAACGUUUUUCUUUAAGCUGCACACCUCCACACUGCCAGUUAAAACGUGGCUUCAGGAAAAAGGACUGUUCGUACCCUGGAAUACAAAUUGUAGACUUUGCAAUCAACCCGAGACAAUAGAGCAUUGCUUUAUACUUUGUCGUGACGCAUUUCAUUUUUGGGACAUUCUACAAAGAACUCUCAAAAAAGACUUUCCUCUCACAUGUUAUGGUAUCCGGUUCCUUCCUUUCAAAAAGACAGCCAGUAAUACACCAUACGAUUUGUUUAUGUUAUUAGGACUUCAUUCAUUAUGGAGAAGUCGAAUGAUCGACAGACAUGCCGAGCCACCUCGCUCGACAAGGUCUAUCUUCCGUGAAGAGACUGCUCAAGUCCGUAGUGUGGUUGCUACAUAUGAUCCCGUACCUGAAUGGAUUUCGCGUCUGGACGCUUGUGUUUGUUUGCCAGAAUUUUGAACUGUCAUUGGACUGCAUACUGUGUGUGAAUUUGUUUUGUGUGCGUGUAUGUUCACAUGUAAUGUAACUGCAUUGAUUUGACACUACCAUUAUUUCCAUGCAAUAAAGAAAAAAAAAACUCCUCGUUAGUAUAGUGGCCAGUAUCCCCGCCUGUCACGCGGGAGACCGGGGUUCGAUUCCCCGACGGGGAGCAUUUUUUUUUCCCCUUCUUGUUUGUAGGCGCACGCGGCGGUGCCGCCCUCGACACUCAGCUGUCUCUAUUUUUUCCCACUUCUGGGCAAGAUUGUGCGAACACUUGUGCAAUUUUUUAUCAAAUCGUGUAUAUACUGCUUUAGCUGGUACCUUGCAUGUCUCCUCGUUAGUAUAGGGGCGAUUGCGUUGAACGCGCAAAAGAGCGCUCUUCGACGGCGCCGUGAACGGUCGGGGAAUGUUUCGCUCCUCUGGGGCGGUGUCAGCGGCUAUGUCUAGCCGUGGAAACCGGAAUGCAGCCAGUGCCAACCAGGAUUAUGAAAUCAUUUUACCUACUCUACCAACCGGUCGUAUUGUUUUGAACACUGUAUUUUUUCAUGCGGAUGUUCGUGGAAGACCCUACCGUGUAGAAGAUAUUCGUGAUGCACUUGGUGCUUUGGCAAUGCUCCCUGACGUUGAAGCGUUAGGGGCAUACCAAAUGAACCACGUGUGGGCGGUGACGCUGAAGACUACGGAGGCUAAGAAUAGGCUGCUUUCUGCAACUGAAGUGACCGUGAAGGAGCGCCGUUGUCUCAUCGUAGAUCCAAACAACCAGGAUGUUCGACUAAAGCUGCAUUGGGUCCUGCAUUAUGUGGACGACGAAGACAUACGGACCGCUUUUGCACCCUACGGAAAAGUCACCGAAGUCGCAAGAGAGCGAUGGCGAACGGAAGGGUUAUCGGACAAAGGCUCUACAACGCGUAUUAUCAGUCUUCAGCUCAAGGCAGGCUACACGAAGGAAGACAUCCCACAUCAACUACGAGUAGCAGGUGACCUCACGCUAGUCGUAGUGGCUGGAAGAGCUCCACUCUGCCUACGGUGUAAAGGGACUGGCCACAUACGACGCGAAUGUCGUGUUCCUCGGUGCGCGCUGUGCAGACGUUUUGGUCACGCUGAGGAAGAGUGCGUGAAGACUUAUGCGAAGGUUACAGGCCGAUAUGCGUGGGACGACAACGCAGAGCUACAAAUGGAUGAAUCGGAAGCUGAGGAUGUUUCCACCAGCAAGACCAGAGAACCCGAACACGAGGAAACGCCCCCUUCGUCGCAUUCGCCCAACGUAAACAAAGAGAAAGAGGAAAACGGUGAGCAAGUUGUACAACCUUUGCUGCCUCCUGCGACGAAAACCAGUGCGACCAACAGUUCAGGAAAAAAACCCAUCAAGAGCCAGUCAACGCCUUUGGAGAAAUCCGAAGAUGUCGACAUGAAGGAAUUGAAGAACGGUGCAGGGAAGAGAACACGCGAGGAAACACCAGCAGCGAACGCGGCCUCAAACGAGCCCACUGCCGGCGAGCCACCCCCUAAAGCGGCCCAAGGGCGCCGCACGAGCUUCAAGCCAAAGCCCAACGUACCACUGGACCGUCAUAUUCCGGGGGGCACGUAG